AUGUAUUUUGGACUUACUGGAGCAUGGGGACGUCCUGGAGAACGGGGACGUCCUGGAACACCGGGAAGUCCUGGACCUGCUAUAUCCUGUGGACGAGAUCUCUCUGACUCCAUUAGCCAGGACCUUGGGACCUUAAAGAACAGCCAUGCAAAGUUAGAGUUGGCUAUAAACUAUGACUUUGUCCGAAGAGUUGGUCAGAAAUACUUUGUGUCCUACAAGGAGAGAGACUCUUUCUCCAGGGCCGUCGAGUUCUGCUCCCAACGAAACUUAGAGCUGGCUUUGCCCCAGAACGAGGAGGAGAACAACAUACUGACUCAGUUCUUCGGGGACAAUUACCAAACUGCCUGGAUCAACGUCAACAACAACAAGGCAGAGGGGAAUUUUGAGGCCGAUAUGAAAAAACGACCUCUGACCUUCACCAAAUGGGGAGAAGGGCAGCCAGACAGAUCCAUCCAGGACACAGGCUGCACCAUGCUGUCAGAAAACGGUGUCUGGCAAGUGACACCCGAAUGCUUCCUGAAUGCUUACAUCAUUUGUCAGAUAUAGAAAGGUCUUGUAUCCAUUGCAAGUCUCGCUGUAAUUGAACGUUCUUCAUGUGUCCCAUGUCUUAUAUAUUGGGAGUGAAGGGUUGUAACUGUCUUAAAUAUAAGUGGGUAGAAAAGUCAUCCUUAUGCAUUCACACCUGUUAAUAUCUGUGAAUGAAUCAAUAGUGGUGUUAAACCUAUCCUCAAGGGACUACAUGUAACCUGCUUCAAGGAUCCAGUUAUGAGGAAAAAAAGUUUUUUUGCUUUCAAGUCUAACAGUUUCCCAAAACAAUUAUCCCUGAUGAGGGAUAUCUAAUGUGAUAUAUUGUAUAUCCAUCUCACUAAAAAUGUAUUACAGCUUCAGCAGCAUGCCAUUAAUACUGUUGCACAGAUGUUGCUUUAUGAAAUGAAAGUAAACAAUAAAUGAAAUACUAUACAAGUUUAACAGAAA